UUGACCCUUCGCGUGAAUUUGUUCGACGUACCUGCCUUCCUGUCGGCAUGCUUUUGACGCGGUGCUGCCAUUCCGUUGUUCCGAAGGCACUCUUUUUCCCCCCUCCGUACCCAGCUUGAGAAAAAUGUGUCUCGGAACGAGGUUUCCUGUGACGUUAGGAAAAUUCGAGAUCUUCUCGAGAAGCAAAGCUCACCACUAAAAUAAGAAAAAAAAAUUGAAGCAAAACUCCACCACCGAAAAAAGGCACUCACACGACAGAUCCGGUCUGAUUCAUCCAUAUUCUACGGAAGGAAAGAAAGUAUUAAAACCAAUUUCGUCCUCGAUUAGUCCGAGAAGCUGCCAAAAAAGAAAAGAGGAAAAGAACCAGUUGACAAAAGAAGAAGAAAACGGUGCCGCGUUUGUCCACUAUUGGAAAGAAAGCUCAUUGAACCAGCGGCAGCAUCAGAAUUUUUAGGCCUUGAAAAAAAAAAAAGGAACUCAAGUUGGAAACAGUGCUCCAGUUUUUUUUUUGUUUGUUUUCCAUCAAGAAGUUUUACAUUUCAAAAGAAGGAAAGGAGUAGACGGAAGACCCACGUACUGUUGGGAAAUCCAACGAAGCCAGCGUUGGAGGGAAACCCUAAGCCGCACAAAGCACAAGUCGAAGCCUGUCUCUUCAUCUCUGGCCGGUUGCGUCCACACCUGGUACCAUCAUGGCUAGCGCCAAGUGGCAGCAGGGCGACGACGAAGCCGGAGACCAGGCGUCGUCCGGUUCGCCCAGACAAAACGGCAAACAAGGCAACGCCCACAGGGAAGCUGGCAUUGUUGAAAAGCUCCUGCACUCUUAUGGAUUCAUUCGAUGCUGCGAGCGGUCGGCGCGACUGUUCUUCCACUACAGCCAGUUCUCGGGAAACAUUGAGCACCUGCGCAUUGGAGACCCGGUGGAGUUCGAGAUGACCAAUGACCGAAAAUCGGGAAAGCCCGUAGCCAGCGCUGUGGUUAAGAUAUCUUCCGAGGCCUUGUCCAGUGAGGUGCUUAGCGAUGAGGUGGCAACGGGCUUCAUCACGACCGAAGCCAAGGACGGUGCCGAGGGCCGUGUGGCGUACGAGAACCGCGGCGAGUGCUUCUUCCUGCCGUACACAGAGCAGGACGUCGAGGAAGGCUACACGCUGCACCAGAACGACAGCGUGCGCUUCUAUCUGGCCACCUGCAAGGUGACUGGGGCCCCCUGCGCUAAGCUGGUGCGACCUGAGAACGCCCCCGCCAAGGGCUCACCGGAAUCGCGGGCACCUCCGCGCAAGAGCCUGCCGUCGGCCUCGCCGUCUGGGCAGCGCAAGCAGGGCGUCGUCUGCGCCCUCAAGGACACUUUUGGCUUCAUCGAGCGGGGAGACGUGGUCAAGGAGAUCUUCUUCCACUCAAGCGAGUGCAGCGACUUCCGAGCCCUCUCGCUGGGCGAGGACGUCGAGUUCACUGUGCAGCUGCGCAACAACAAGGAGGUGGCAUGCAACAUCACGCGCCUGGCGCCUGGCACGGUCAUCUUCGAGGACGUCGACCCUGAGGUGCUCCAGGGCCGCGUGACGGUCGUGGCCGACAGGGGACGGCCGUCGCAGGCAGCCGCCGCGGAUCCUCUGCCCGGACGCAUCGUCUACUUGCGGGGCGAGGAAGAGCUGGAGAUGCCUUACGGGGAACGCGAUCCAAAGUGCGAGUACUCCCUUCAAGUUGGUGACCAAGUGCAGUUCAGCAUCGCCACCGACCGCCGGGACGGUCUCCAGCGGGCCACCAACAUUGAACUGCUCGACCAGUCGUUUGCUAACGAGGCCCGACAAGUGGGUGUUGUGGCGACCGUGAAGGAAAGCUUUGGCUUUAUAAGCUGCCAGGACCGCGACAGCCAGAUCUACUUCAAGACCUGUGAACUGCUCGACCCGGACAUGACUCUGCAUUCGAGCGACGAGGUGGAGUUCACGGUGGCUCAAGAUCCCGCAUCUCCCAGUCGUUUCUUGGCCACCCGAAUUCGCCGCCUGUGGUCCGUGUGCGAUGAUCAAGACGGCCCUCGCACGAGGCGCUCGCUCUCCAACGGCGAUGGGUCUGCCGUCAAUGGCGACGAGUCCAAGAACUUAAGAAACAGGGGAGAGUCUGGCAAAGGCCGUGGUGGACGAAAUGGAUUCCGGUACACGCACCGUGGCUACAUAGCGGCGUUGAAAGAAAGCUUUGGCUUUAUUGAAAAUGAAGAGCACAACCAGGACGUAUUCUUCCAUUUCAGCGUGUUUGAGGGCAACCCACAAACCCUGGAGCCUGGCCAAGAAGUGGAGUAUGGAAUGGUGCUCAAGGGCACCAAGCGCAGCGCCGAGUGCGUGCGCAAGCUCCCAGCUGGCACCCUCGCCGAUCCCCAGGAGGUCGUGAAGCCUGAAAUUCUCAACGGCACCGUCGAGCGCCCCGUGCGUUGCUUUAACCCGGAUCAGGAGCAGUAUGCAGGACUCAUCCGCCUCAGCACUUCAGGGGAGAGUGCAGAGCCCACCGCCAGCUACCCGUUUGGCAUCACCAGCCUGGCGGAUAAGCACGAGCUGCUCCAGAAGAACGAUGUGGUGCAGUUCCAGGUUGCCGUCACCGGAUCGGGUGUGGAACGAGCCGUCAACGUUGUGGCUGUGCGAGCUCGAGUGCAGGCUACGGUGGAAGCAAUCAAGGGCCAGUUCGGCUUCCUCUCUUACGAGGCCGAGGAAGGGCGCAAGCUGUUCUUCCACACGUCCGAGGUCAAGUCCGGCAACCACCUGCAGGUGGGCGACCGUGUCGAGUUUGUGGUGGUCUACAACCAGCGCACCAAGAAGUACGCUGCCUGCAGCGUCGUCAAAGUCGGAGAGUCGCAGCCAACGCAACGUCCAGAGCGUCUUGUAAGCCGGCUACGAACCCUCUCCACGGAGGACUCUGGUCCCCGCAUCAUCAUAGUGCGUCAACCACGUGGUCCAGAUGGCACUAACGGGUUUGCCAGCCGCGGAGGGGAGGCAAACUCGUCGGCAACACUUCUCGAAGAGACCGAGGAUGCCACCGAAUACGAAGAAGGACGGGGGAGACGUAAAUUCUCAAGACGGAGCCGAAGCCAAGCCCGACGAAAUGGAAGUCACUGACAACACGCUCGGUGCUAUGACCCCUGUCGAGGGUGAAGUCCAGGCCUAAAUGGUUUUUAAGCUUAGCAAGGGAAGUCUAGGGAUUUUGUUAUUCUUUUGCUCUUUUUUUAUUGCUCUUUCGUGAUCCCUAUUUGUGCCGGAACCCUCUUUUCCGGUGCAAGGAAAAUGAAAUGGAAAAAAAAAGUGGGUGCCACGAGACUGUAACGCGAUUUUUCUUCUGCAUACCACCUGUUUCUAGGUUCUGCGCUGGAGCGUGUUCGUGGCGACUUUUCUUUUUUUUCUUGGUUUAUUUCUUUCCUCUGUCAGUGUAUGGAAGUGAAAACAAUGUGGCGAAUAUUAUCUAUUCUCUUCUUCAGUUCAGCAUGUAUGUUAUGUGUGUGUGUUCUCAUUUUUUACUAGUGUCUUUUAUAUAAGUUUCACAGUAUGCAAGUGUUGAGAAAGCUUGUUGUUCAGGUAUUUGGAAUUUGAAGUCAGAACUGUGAAAAAAAAAAAAAAAAGAGAGAACGGUGCGAUUGCUGUCUCGCAGUGCUUUCCAAGCGACUAUGAAAGUGGUGUGUGCGUCUCUUCACCAUGGCUCCAGUCUUGUUUGUGUGUCGUCCUGCCUCGGCUUGGGUUUUUCUUACAAUUUUUCUCCCAAUCCUCUCCCCUUAUCACCUGUUGCACUGGUACAAUUAGAUGAUGCGCUCGUUUAGGAAACUUCGGAGUGGUGCAGUUUCUAAGAAUCCGGCCGAGGCAGGCUCCUUUUCUUCCGUUACGUCGGGUAUCCCGACUAUAGGCCUGUACUGGCGCACUUCAUUUCUUUUUGCAGUCUUCUCAUACUUCUCCAUUCAGUCAGCUUUUUAUGUUUUUGUUAUACCUCUUCAAUCUAUGCCCCCAAUCAAGCUUAUCAUUUUUUUCUCCUGUGUGGUGAUCUGUAGGAGUUGCACAACAACUUUGAUGGAUCUUUUCGUGUGUUUGUGCGUGCAUAUCCAAGCAACGAACGACAUCACUAGCACUUAUAAAGGAAUACGAACUGAUUAAGCACAAUGUUAUCAUUCCUCUCCCUCUCGUCGAAACCGCGGCGUGUUCCACCCGUAUGUCUUCUAAAAUCUUUUGCCUCCACACACACACGAUGCCGCCCUAAUACCGUCACGUGAAAGCAAUGCUCUUUGGGAUUAAUACUCAAGGCAUAUGGUCGGCUUCUGUACUUGCACUAACCCCCCCUUUUUUUUUUCACUUGUUGCUGCUGCGAAUUUGGCAAACUCUGGAUUCAAACUCAUGGUAAGUCCCUCAUCGAAAUGCUUCUGAUCCAGUUUGUCUAGUAUCAGCAUUUCGACUUCUUGCCAUAUUUUAACCAAGUUUACCUACACUGAGUUUGAAACAAAAUGUGUCAUCAGCAGUUUACGGUUACUACACGACUACCCUGACGACGACAGUUUCCUGUGCCCUGGUAUAUGAGUUUCUUUGCAUGAUUGUUGUGUGCGGGUAGAAAAUCUAGUGCACGUGGAAGACAACUUUGAAAUUCUUUCUGACCUACCACUGGCCUGGUAUAUCUGGAAUUCGCUGUACGACUCGGCAUUUGCGGUUGUCUAGCUGUGCUUUUGCAGAGACAGGCUCAUACUGUUUGGUCCCAAAAUUUAUGGCAAAAACCAUACUGUAUGUAUGAAAACGUGUAACAAAAUACAGAAAUCUACACUGUUGAAGGAAAAGCAAGAAGAGUAUGACCAAAUGAGUUUCCUUUGCAUCUACUGUUCACAGCUUGAGUGCGUUUAGAAGCAAGGGGCAAGUGUUGGAAUGAACUAGGUCUAAGCGCGUACUUGACACUCCUUCGUAGUUCUUAAUUCCGACAAGGAGCAAGUGUGUUGUCGAGCACUUCGCAGUCAUCCACCGUGGGGAGUGACUUUUUAACAUAUGGAAAGUGCGGGUGAGUAAUUCAACAGCCUUGAUUUCCAAGAAGUUUUCAAGUGUACGUCGAACAGUCUGCACAGUUUUGUCGCGUCAGUUCGGUCGCUUAGUCAUCGAGAGUGGUGUUUGUGGCAUGUUAUAGGAUUUUGUAUGCCUUUACCGUACGGUGCGUUUCUUUGCAACUCUGCCUGUAACAGUUGAGGCCUUCCUAUUAAGGCUAUCUGCUUUACCUUCGUUUUAUUUACAUUGGCUGAAUGAAUUUGCUGUUCUUUGUUGCUGCCUUGAAGAUCCUUGUUUUGUUUGUACACAGUGGCAUAUAAGUAAAGUUUAAAAUUUUUUAUUGAGGUUACAAGUGGAGUUGAAUGUUUUAUCCUCCCUAAUUAGGGGAUGAGAAGCAUUGAACAGCACCAUUUCAAAGCGGCAGCACUGUAGGAAGGUUUGUCACUUUUGUAGGCUUACAAUUGCAGUACUGCGCUUGAAUGUCAAGGAAACAUUUUCAUUUUUAUUUUUUUUUUGCAUUCCCAAUUUCGGAGCUAGAAUGCCAAUGUCUUUGUUGCCCCCUUUUCUAUGUCCUUAGCCGGAUCUGCACCAUUGCAGGUACCAUUGGAACUUAGUUUUGCCUAACUUGUACACUUUGCUGCGAUUUUCUUUGAGAGGCCUUUAUAUAGUCUUCGAGGCGUUUCGCACGCUGCGUCGAGCUGGAGCCCAAUACCACUCCUGUUUCAUCUCCGUGUUGAACGUUUCGAGCUCUCUGCCUGCUUUUGAGAGAGGCGGGAGUGCAGUUGAUGAAUGGAUGUGAUUAGCAGGAGUGUGCAUACUGUCUUCUAGUACAGCAUAUUAUGCAAAAUAUUCUUUUGUGCCCAAUCGCCUAUCACUGGAGAGGCUUGUGAGGCGGGCUAACCCUGUUCUGGCAUUGCAUUAGACUUGCAUUUCUAGUGCAAUGUUGUGGUGGCUUUACAUCGUACCUUAGUUCUCUUUGCUGCUCGGCUUGGGCAGUGCUUAAAAUAGUGCUUAAGGAUUCAUUGUUAAUAUGGUGUCUAUUAUAUUAAAAUUUACUAAAUUUUGCCUUGGAAGGCUUUCAUUUCCCAAACGUAUUUAGUGUGGCUUUUCUCCCCUCUGUUCUCACUGCUUUGAACAUUGCAGCAGCUGAGCUAUUCGAUUUUGCGAUUUCUUUCGCAUGCUGAUGAGUGCUGCAAGUUUUUUCGGCGCUGGACCGUAUUUUACAACUUUGUAGCCCUAAAAAAAUCAUGUGCUUUUGUUUUUCAUCACAUUCUUUCUGAGAAAACUAAUGAGGGCGUAAUUAAGAAAGAAUGCACAGAACUUUUAUUGGUGCAGUCAGCAGGUUCCUAAAGGAUUCCAAGACGCUCUGACUUUCAGAAAUUGUAUUUUUUGAAGCGCCACUGGCAUAUUUUCAUUGUAGCAUUGUAAAAUUUCAACCAGACCACUUCGUGCUUUGCGUGUAAUAAUUCUUUGAAUCUGUAGGAAGCGCUUGCAGUGGCUUCAAAAAAAAGGAAUGGAUGUGAAGUCUUACCAGUAGCAUUAGCAACUCCAAAAAAUUGCGGUUACACAGUGCGUUGCUUUCAAAAACUAUUCACAUGUGCAGUGUGGGCAUCAUUUGGUUAUGCACUGUCUAAAAAUGCUCUCCUCACGUUUUUUAGACAUUUUUCUGUGCAUUUUUUUUUCAUGUGUUGCGAGUGUUAUAUGUGUCCUGCUCAAAAUCAAAUGCAAGAAGUCCCGCCUUUAUUUAGUUGUUCUGGGAUAUAAUUGCUUUUGAUAGUCAAAAGUCAGUUCCCAUUAGUGAAAAAAAAAAUACACCCGGCAUUGAAAACGCUGGCUGCCAGACCACUUGCUGUGUCAGCAAGUUUCCCCUGUGCCCGGCCAAUGCAGGCAUGGCCGUAAGGUACCAAUAAAAGUGGCCAUCGUUUCAGUGAUUUGACAAUGCCGCAGCAUGUGAUGUGAAGAAAGAGACUACUUUGUAUAAAGGGCUGAGGAAAGAUUACUAAUGAAUUUGUCGCGUUUCUUUUGGCAUACUUAUCCAACGAAUCGGGUUUAACAGAGCUAGGGAGAUUAUCUCAAAACGAUUUGUAGGUGUUCCAAAUCAACAGAUGUCGUCGUGCCUCGCAGUGUCGAAGGAGGCCCCUCGAUAUUUUUUUCCAGUGUGUCUAAAUGCCUGCAGUCUUUUCGGAUUGCAUGCAGAAAAGUCUUCGUAAAGGAAGGCAAAUAAAAGAAAUGUUUCUAGCCA